CACCCCUCGUCUGUUCUAUAGUUAAACUACGUGUGUUUGUUUGUGUGUGUCUUCUCCUUUGUUAUUAAUAAAUACCCAUUAAUUGUGGAUCUCUGUGAACGCCUCAUCUCUACAACACCACACCGUAACAAAGAAAUGGUCCAAAUACACUUUGACAGUUGCCGUUGCUGAUAUGGAAGGAAGAGGUUAUUCAACCACUGGCACAGCUGUUAUUACUGUGACUGACAGCAAUGAUAACGCACCUCAGUUUGAUCAAACCUCGCACACUGUAUCUGUCCCAGAGAAUAAAGUAGGAGCUGAAGUGGCCAAACUUACAGUUACUGAUGGAGAUGAAGAGGGAUCUCCUGCCUGGUCAACCAAAUAUCACAUUAUUAGCGGAGACAAGGGUGGGUUUUUCAGUGUCAGUACUGGACCCAGCCAGCUAGAGGGCGUCAUCACCACUGUAAAGUCACGGUGAAUGUAGAAGAUGUGA